AUGGGAGUCAAGUUGUUUCGUGGUAGACUUCAAUUCCCAGGCAGCACCAGCCCUCAGCCGAAAGAACGCAGCGAGUCACAUGGAGCGACUCUGGAGCUACCAUGCGGAUACAGCGUUGUGUUGUUGCAUUCAAAGCUGGCUUCGAAUGCCUGGUUGACUCAAGAUCUGCUGAUGAAAAGAUUGGCAGACCUGGUCCCGCGCGGUGUUCUGGAAUUACAGGUGGUUCUUGCGGGCGGGCAGCUUUUGCCGGAUUUCGACGUAGAGAUCAGUUUCAAGCUUCCGCAAAGCAGGGAAUCCAACGUUGAUGACACUGUUAUGCACUGCUGUGCACAGGAUGGUAUCUGUCAAAUUGAGGGCGUGCCGCUGAAAGCAGAGAUGCGCAUGAUUGUGAGGCACCCCGUGCUGGAAACGCAGGAGCUCAGGCUGGUCCUUACACAUUGCACCGCUCGAGUCGUGCUUGCGGGAGACGCUGUUGUUCGCCUCUGGUGCAUCGAUCGGGCAGGAGGCUCUGCUGUCUUCAUUGCCGACUAUGUUCAACAAAAUAACGGCAUACCCUCCUCAGCACGCCCGUUGCGCGGACAGGUGGAGCUGGCAAGUGGCGAGGUUGCUCAAAUUGAUGGUGUUUUCCGCGUGCCAUGGCGUGGCGCGACACAUCACUUCGAGGGCGUCCAGGUGCUUCCAGUUGAUGGGAAGGCGCGGACGUAUCCGACCGUUUUUGGAUGCGAUGUUACCGGUGCCUUAUGCUGCCAGAUUCCAUCCUCGGGACUUGUGAGGAGUUGGCUUCCAGUGAAGCCCGCGCAGCCUGAGGAGGUGCUGCUGUCCCAGCCUUGUGGUGCGAUCCUGAUGGCCAUUCACGAUGUCAUCUCGAAAAUGGAGACAAACUUCGAAGACACGGAAGGCACAGCGGCGGGCGAGCCAGAGCCAGAGCAAGAAAUGGAUCCUGCAGGUGACGCUGGGCUCUUUGCGGAGCUGCUGGAGAAAGGAGUUGGCCUUGUCAGCACUUUUCUGAAGACGGCCAGCCAGCUGUGGAAGGUCGACCCCCCAGGGCAGCGGUCUGAGGCCGAGGAUGUGAAGAGCCUGGCGGCUGCUAUGGAUGAUCCACAUUUCAAGGAGGUCGUCAGAAUUUGCGACUCCGCUUGUGCCACACCGGCAACUCAGCAAUUCGCACAGGAGCUGCGCCUGUCAGAAGCAGCCAGUGCACGAGAUUCCUUGGCAAAGACAUUUGCUGCAGCAUACGUCGGAGCUGCAAGCAUGAAGCCGUGGUUGGAGGCAUUUUGUCGUGAGGUGGCUGAUGCGACCGGUGCCGAGGUCGAUGAGGCUAGAUUGGCGGGUGCUUCUGGAUCCACCCGCGUGCUGCAGAAGAUCUGCGUGCUUCCAGAGCUGAGCCCGAGCAGCAUCUUGUCGUGCCAUGUCCGGUGCCAGAGCAUGGAGGACAUGGCCAAAGUUAUCGGCACGAUCUGCGAGAAGCUGGAGGGCCAUGCCGAUCGAGGAAUAGCUGGAAUCACGCUUCAUUUUCUGGAUGAGGAUGGCCAGAUUCCGGCAGAUUCUGAGCCAUCUGACGUCGGCUCGGUGGUUUUGAGAGUUGCGUCGCGAAAGAGACCAUCCCACCUUCUACAAGUGGCCGAGGUGCAUGUCGUGAAUGUGAACCUGCAGAAGCCCGUCAGCCUGACCGCUGAAGCUGCGAAGCAUGACCUCCUGGCGGAGCUUCAGGAAAGGAUGCAGGCAGAUCAAUCCGGGCACUCGGGCGAUUUCCCGAACGUGACGCCCAUUGCUGCAAUGCGUCGCCUUGCGGUAGAAGGGUAUCACCCAGCAGUACCUCACCACCAUCUCCAAUCGAGGAGCAUGAAGGACAUCCUGGUUCGAGGGAGCUUCGAGAUUGCGAUGCUGCGUGCUCCAGAAGCGCAGCUUCAGGUGGUCAUGCCCCAAAGGAAGAUCCCGCUGGCGGCUGUCAAAGUGGAAAGCGCCGACAGACGCCAGGUCCAGACCUCGCAGGAUGGUUGGUGUACGCUGGCGCUGCGGCCUGGUGACCAGAAGCUUCGUUUGCGGCAUGACUUCUUGGGCAGCUGGAAAGAACAGUCUGUAAAAGUUUCAUCUUUGACGCCCCUCUUCCAGAUUCCAAUGGCGAUGGAGCUUGACGUCUGGAUGACCCCCAUUCUAGUUGCAGGGCAGGUGCGGGCUUGGGAGUACUGGAUCGGAGGUUGCGGAAAGAGACCUCGCAAGGACAGCUUGGCUGAACCGUUUUCCGGCAGAGUCUGGUUCUCUGGCCAGGAGCUGGAUGUCAACAACGGUGUGCUCGUCCUUGGAUCCGAGCCCGUGCGUGAACUUCAUGAGCAAAACCAGCAGACACCGCCUGGCACAGAGCAGGACCCUCUGCUUAUGUUCGAUUUGGAGCCGCCGUUCGCCAAAACGAUUUCUCGCGGCAGCCCGGGUGUGCAAAGCUGGGAUCCACGGCUUCUGGGUGUGCGGCCGGCAGCGCCGCUGCCGACAAAACCUGGAGCUGCCUCAUUGGUUGUCAAGGCUUGUACGAUCUGCUGCGGUCAGCCGGUGGCCGGAAUCCAGAUUGACCUUGGGAAGGAUCAUGCACAAUCAAUCACUGACCGUACUGGUGGUUGUGCAUUACGUGAUGACUUAUGUGAGGCAGAGAUGGAGGUGUUCGCAUACCAUGCUGCAUUCAUGGGUGGUUGUUGCCAGUAUACCGUCACUUCCCAACCCAAAUCAGCAGGGGAGCUUCCGCUUUUCCUUCAACCGCUGGUUCGGGUGUUUACUGUGCCAGGGCCGAGCGAUCAGCUCGUCUUGCAGGUAUUGGUUGGUGAUGGUGACUCUGUCCUGAUUCCGGCGGACGCAGAACCGUUUGCUGGAACAAUUUGUGAUGGGCGUGGAGAGGAACUCUUGACUUCAAGCGCCUCAAGCGCCCAGGAUCCAGAUGCAAUCUUGCCCUCGCAACUGAGAACCUUUCCGGAAGCAGGGGAGUGUCCCAUCAUUUGCUUGGCGCACGCUCAAGUGAAGUUGAACGGAUACGAGUGGCUCCCUUCCGCAGCGUUCACCUCGGGCACGUGCGCUUAUGAGGAGUUGCUGCGGGUGCGCGAGCCACGUACGAUAGGACAUCUUCGACCCGUGGUGCAUGUGCGAGAUAUAUGUGAGGAGACUUGGGUGCUACCUCUGGAAGAUUGUCGGACUGUCGAGGAUGCAGCUGUGAUCCUCAAACGAAAGCUUCGGCUUGGGCUGAACACAUCUCUGUCUUUAGCUGCCGAGUCUACGGUGCCAGAGAUUUCUGUGGAUAGAAAUGUGGGCGGGGCGUCUCUGCUCAAAGGAUCUGCACUCUUGUCUGCUGGGCAGCAGCUGAAGAUCAUGGCGCGACUGCUCCUCCAUGUGACUUUUGGAAACACGACACUCGGAGCUCCCAAUGUGCAGGUAGCACUCCGGGGUUCAGAUGAAAUUACGACAACCGACAGUGCCGGCGUCUGCGAGCUAAUUGUCCCUGCUGGGCGCCACCACGUGCUGAUUGACCAUGGGAUGUCAAACGAAGGCAGCGACGAAAUGGAGAUUGAUGUUUCUGAGGUGGAGUCGCGCGUGGAGUUUUCCGUGCCGGCAUGCCUUUUUGUUUAUUUGCAAGCACCAGACUCUGAGAAAGGAGCCGCCGCACCCACAAACGUAUGGCUUUGUGCGAAUCAAGAGCAUCUGCCAUUGACAGCUUGGCCGGUCGCAGGAACCCUCCUGUUGUCGGAUCAGUCGGGCACCCUGGAGGCUCCACUUGAUGGCGAGACGUUGAGGUCGGUGGAUCUUUCCAAUGCGCUGGAGGGCAAGCGCGGACCCCUCACCCUGAGCCUUGCGCUGGACCUCUCCGCCACUGGGUAUGUUUGGCGACAGAAGAGCGAAAGCCUGCUUGGAACACAAUCUGCAUGGAAGCGCCUGCUUGAAAAGCCCAUGUCUGUGGGGCGGCUAUUUCCUCCAAUAUCUGUACACGUUCACUUUACCCAAAUGACAAGCGUCAUACAAGUGGCGGCCUUUGACUGCCAGACUGCCGGGAAGCUGUGCGAGGUAAUGGCUAAGAGGUUUCGCAAAGCUGCCAGCACGCUGGGAGUUUUCUCCGACCAGAAGCGAGUGGGCGAGGAUGCGGAGGUGCUGGCGUGGACAAGCGUCGACAUGUGGGCCCUUGCUGAAACCACCGUGCUAGUACGAGCACCUUGCUGUCUGAGAGGUCUGAGUGGUGCCACUGUUUGCGUCUACUUGGGCACAGAGCGCGAAAGCCGCGAAAGGCACGGGAAUGGUCAGGGGGACUCUGGCGUUUCAGGCUCUCCAUGGGCAGAGGGGGUCACAGGUGCGGAUGGGAGGUGCGAGCUGAUGGUUCCUGACGAAGUCCACAGGGUUGAGGUUUGUCACCCGAUGCUUGGUCGACAGGAGCACCUGGUGCAUCCGAAAGGUGCAGAGCAAGUACAUGUACUGGAAAUCUUCCCUGAUCCUCUGAUUCAAGUGUACUCGAUGCCUGUCUCAGACAAGGCUGACGAGGGCAUCUUGUCAGACGAUGAUGCUUAUCAGCAGGUUUGGAUUUCUGCGGCUACUGAGCUUCCUCCCGAAGCGAGGGGGGCAGAAGUCCUCAGCGGCACGCUCCUUGUGGACGGCAUGGAUGGAGCCAUCGAUGCGUCUGUACCAGCCAAGAUGCCCUGGCGCAACUCCAGAUUGGGGGACCCAUGUCCUUUGCAGCGACUUCGGGUUGACACCAGCGUUUCGAAGACUGGCCCGUUGCUGGCAUUCAGCAAGAGAGUUCCUAACGCACUUGGGCCCAUGAGCUGCAUGCUUGCAAGUCUGGUGGAUGGUCCAGCGCGUGUGGGCGCGCUGCUGCCGGCAGUGUUGGUGCAUGUCCAAGGAGUGCAAGGAGGAGGAAAGAACGGGCGUCAGAUGACGCUGACUGCCCCAGUACGGGAAUGCCCGACUGCUUUGGCACUGCGGACUUGGCUGGGCAACCGCUUGUCGCGGGAUCCAGACGACUUGGGAGUGUACCACUUGUCUCAGAAUGGUGGGUUUGGCCCAGUUCUGUCCUACGACAUGGAACUAUCCGCAGACCAGGAGCUUCUGGCUGCUGUGCUAUCACCCAUCCAGUUGCAGGUGCUGCUUCCAGACGCGCAAGAAGAGCAAGGCCUUAGCGGUGUCAUCGUAGAAGUUGAUGGCGUGGCCCACGGCUCCACGGAGGCUGACGGCUGCAUUCAACUGAUGCUGCCCCAUGGAAAGCGCGCUGUUUUCUUGAGGCACCCGAGCUUCGGCUGUGGAAAAAGUCAAAGCUUAUCGAUACCAAGCCGAGUGGACUGCUUCCAGAUGUUUGCCGAUGUCCGUUUGUAUAUCUACGCGACAGAUCCAGAUAUACAGGAGGAGGAAGAGGACGGUCACCAGCCAUCCUUGGUUUGGGUUUGUGCAUCCCAGGAUCACAUCCCUUCGGACGCGUUGGGCAUCGCCGGAAGCGCGCGGGCGUACCUUGCUGAUGGCCAGGAGAUUUCUUUGACUCUCAAUGCGUCGCAGCCUUCCGAGUUCGUCGUGCUGUCAGGCGAUCAAGUCGCGGGACGUCCUGCCUGUAGUUUGACGCAGCUGCAAAUUGAAGCCUCGCGGACUGGAUUCGCGUGGCAGCCAAAAGACCCAUCUCCGCUCGCCGAACGGCUCCAGGAGCUGGGUGGUUCCGAAUACCUGCGCCUCUUGAACUGCCCCGUGGCCAUGGGAUGCCUCCAGCCCACUGCACACCUGCAUCUGGAUUCGGGCAAGGUGAUCAGCUUCUCGAUUUCUGAUUACCCCACAGUUGAACAGCUGCGAGACAUGACUGUAAAGAAAAUGGGUUCACCAGCUGCAUCAGUACAGCUAGAGCUCGCAGCUGGUGGCUCUGAGCGGCCCCUGGAUGAUGGCGAAAACAUUAGACCCGGCUGGGUCAUCCGCGCAUGUCAGAUGAUACUGGUACACAUCUCCGUCGUCACCUCCUGCUGCGAUGAGCCCAUCGGGGACGUGAGUGUGACCAUGGCGGCGACCGACAAUGUUGCUGGGUGUACAGACGCCUCGGGCUCCUGCCAGUUGAUGGUGCCUCUAGGAGAAUGCCGUAUUCAUUUGCAACACGCAUCGUUUGGCGAGAUGAGGCAGUUGCCGUUGAAGGUGACUUCGGACGCUCGAGGGAAAAAAGUUUGCUACAGGAUGAAGCCUCGCUUCUUUGUCUAUGCUACUGAUCCUGAGGAGCAGGAGGAAGAGGAAGAUCCCGAUGCGUGUGAAGACUCAGGGCCCUUGUGGGAUGCCAGCUGCCUCUGGCUAGCUGCAAGUGAAGGGCAGAUUCCAGAAGAUGCCAUUGCAGUUCAUGGCAGUGCCACUUGCGUCUGGCCCAGUGCUGCAGCCAGACUUCGAGCACGCCUCCGCGCCGAUCAGAUCGUCGGGUUUGAGCUCGGCCCAACGGGCUCAGCAAGCAAAGCCGGUUCGCAUGAGAACGGUGUGUGCCCGGUCUCCUCUCUGAUGGUAAGUUGCACUCGGCGAGGGUACAACUGGAAGGCCAAGGAUCCGUCUCCUUUGGCGGAAAGGACGGCUGAGAUUGGAGGUUGCGAGGCGUUACGGCUGCUCGCCUGUCCUGUCGUCCUCGGAUUUCUCGAGCCACGUGUCAUGGUCCACUUUGCAGACCGGCCCUCGAUGCCUUUCUCCUUGAGCGAGUACUCAGAGGCAGAUGAGCUGCGGGCGAGGCUUUCGGAGGAGGUGGCUGACGACUUCGUGCUGCGAACCGUGCAGCGAAGCCAACCGAUCAGCUGCCGUUUCCUCUCCCAUUGUGAUUUGCUGUGCGCCACGCCCGACGACAUGCCUGCUGCACUGGCUUCUAUGAGGCGAUUCGAGGAGAUGAAGUCGGCCCCUGAAACUUCACAAUCAGAUCCUUCGGCUACCACAAUGCCAUUUCUUGACUUGAAGACAUUCCCGUUUCGGCUGUCUGGAUAG